GUGCCAUCCCCCACUGCAUUUUCUUGCUUUUGUUUGUAUCUCACCGAAGUUACCACCUUUGCUUUAUAUAGUCCCAAACCAUUUCGGUCUUUAUUGCAUUAUCAUCCUCCCUCAAGAACCCAUUUUCUCUCUGAGUUCCUCUGCUUGAGGAAUUUGGAGAGUCUGGUCAGAUACUGAAAAGUAUCAUUCAAUUUUUGGAACAAUGGAACUUCCUGUGGUUUUCAUGGCUCUACUAGUUAUGUGUUCAUCAGAAGCAUAUGCUCAAAGUGCCCCAUCUCCCUCCUCUCUCACCCCUACUCCUGCCCCGGCACCAGCUCCAGAAUUCGUGAAUCUCACAGAUUUGCUCUCUGUGGCUGGCCCUUUCCACACCUUCCUUGGCUACCUUGAGUCCACCAAAGUGAUUGAGACAUUUCAAGACCAAGCCAACACGACUGAGGAAGGCAUUACCAUCUUUGUCCCCAGAGAUAGUGCUUUCAAAGCUCUUAAAAACCCUUCUCUGUCCAAUCUCACUGCUGACCAGCUCAAAUCAAUGUUUCUAUUCCAUGCUCUGCCACAUUACUACUCUUUGGCCGAUUUCAAAAACCUCAGCGACAUGAGCCCCGUGGCUACAAUGGCCGGUGGACAAUUCACUUUGAACUUCACUGAUGUUUCAGGCACUGCACAUCUUACCUCGGGAUGGUCAGACACAAAAGUGAGCAGCAGUGUGCAUUCCACAGACCCUGUAGCUGUUUACCAAGUUGACAAGGUUCUUCUUCCAGAGGCAAUCUUUGGCACUGACAUUCCCCCAACCGCUGCCCCAGCACCAUCUCCGGACAUUGCUCCAGCUGCAGACGCUCCAAAAGCUGCAGACAGUGACUCGUCUCCAGGAUCUUCACCAGAUAAAUCUUCUUCUUACAGAAUUAUGAGUUGGGGUCAAUUGGUUUUGGCAAUCUCAGGUGGACUGGUCCUGUUCUUGUGAGGAAUGGAGCCCUGAAAAAUUAAAAUCUUUUAAGUUAAUUUAAGAGGCGGGUUUAUUGGUACUUUGCUCAAUUGGUUUGAUUUGAGACCAUUUUUUCUGGACAUAUGUGAAUGAAUCUCUUCUGUUUAAGAGAAAUUUGAGUUCUGAUAUGAGUAAAUGGCAUUAUGUUUGAUCUAUUGUUUAUACAGAAGAAUAUAUGGUUUGUAUUCUGUUUCCUAUUUGCAUAAUAUUAUAAAGAUACUAGUAUUAUGU